AUGCACAGAGUUGGGGAAGAUGGCAGUAAGACAGAGGGUAACAUUGAUGACUCAUUUAUUGGUGGAAAUGCCUCCACCAAAGGCCCCAAGGGUGAAGGGACUGAAAACAUAGUCAUCACUGGUGUUGAUAUUGUCAUGAACCAUCACUUACAGGAAACUGCCUUCAUAGAAGAAGCCUACAAGAAGUACAUCAAAGAUGACAUGAAAUCAAUCAAAAGUAAACUUGAAGCACUGAGGCCAGAAAGAAGAAAACCUUUUAUGACAGAGGUUGCAGAAAAAAUCAAGCAUAUCUUAGCUAAUUUCAAAAAUUAUGAGUUCUUUAUUGGUGAAAACAUGAAUCCAGAUGGGAUGGUUGCUCUGCUAGACUACCAUGAGGAUGGUGGGACCCCAUAUAUGAUUUUCUUUAAGGGUGGUUUAGAAAUGGAAAAAUGUUCACGAAUUUGGCUAUGA